AUGAAAUUUGCAUCAUUAAUUUUAGAUAAGUCUGUGCCAGAAUGGAAAUAUAAUAAUAUUGACUAUACCAAACUGAAAAUAGCUAUUAAGAAAGCUACUACUCCAAAUGGCAAUGAAAAUCAUUAUCUUGAUAAUUUAUCAAAAUUGUUUAAAGAACAGAUUAAAAAUGUUAACAUAUUUACUUCGUUGAAGAUUAAAGAACUCUCAAAUAGGAUUGUAUUAUUGGAAUCAUCAAUAUUGAAUUGUAAACGAAGGAAUAGUUCAAGUUUGUCAUCAAAAAAAAGAGCUUUCCAAUUAAUUAAUCUGCAUUUGAAUGAUUGCAAGUCAGAAUUACAGAAACUAUCACGUUAUAUAAUUGUGCAAAGAAUUGCAAUAAGGAAGUUGUUUAAAAAAAUAAUUAAACAUUCUCAACAUGAUGUAUUACAAACUAAAGCUUAUCUAGAGACAAUCAAAUGCUCCCCUGAGUUCAAAUAUGGAUACGAAGGUACUUCUUUUAUUACAUUGGAUUUAGAUUCAUAUUUACUAGAGAUAUCAUUAAUACAAGAUGUUUUGUUUGAAGCGUUCUCUGAAUACAAAAAAGAGAAAGCAAAUAAACGUUCAAAAAAGAAUAGUAACUUGAUCCAUGAGAAUGUUCAUCUUAAAAGUUUGGAUUUUGAUACCAUUUUCUUAGGAAGAUCCACAAAAGUUCAAAGUUUUCUAAUUUCAUUUGAAAAUAUAGAAGAAUUUAAGUUUUUAAUCUUGAAAAGUGGCUUCAACCUAGUGGAUGAUAAUAUUGCAGAAACUUCAAAAGUUGUAAUCAAAAAUUCUGCAAGCUUAAGUCCCAAAAAUAGUGCAAGAUCCGUAAGGUCCUUCCAGGAUUUGACGACACCAACUAAAAACUCUAUAGCACCCCUUGGGCAACAACUGCAACCACUGAAAACCAUAGUUAGUACAUCACCUCAGGAGUCACCUUUUGGGAACUCUAAUCCUCAGUCAUCUCCAACUAAUACAAUUAGUAACAAAAACUCAAGAGCUUCGUCAUUUACAGUAGAUGCCAGAAGCUCUCAAUCACAUGAAGAGUAUUUUUUCCUAAAGGCUGAAAAGAAUGAAUAUACAUUUUUAACAAGUAAAUCAUCUAACCAAUACCCAGAUAUUUUAUUAAAGUCUGGUAGUGAAAAUAGAGAGGAUUCAAACAUCCUUUUAUGUUCUGUCGGUGGUUUGAGGGGCCAUAUUGUAACAAACACCAUUUCUCAAGCAUAUGUAAAUUUAUUGAAACAUAGGGAUAACACAACUACAGUAAAUAAUAUCGAUUUUGAUGGAUUGGAUUCUAUUAGCAAAAUGGCUGUUAAAUGGAUCACUUCCCAUAAGUUAGGUUUAAAAGAACCAGGAUAUUCUUUUAAAAGAACUAGAUUCUUAAAAUAUACCAAAAAUGCCAUUUAUUAUCUUUCAAUAGAUCAAAAUUUCGUUAUUGAUAAUGAGGAAAUUCUGCAUAAUUUUGUCGAAAUAAGAAAAGUUCCACAUAUUGAAAACAAUGAAAACAAUACAAGUUCUUCACUAGUAUCUGAUCUGACUCGUGUUGCACAUAUAAAUAACGAUAUUGUCAUAGGAAAAAUUUGUAAAAGUAUGAUUACCAAUAAAGUUCAAGCAUUUCCAAUAGACUAUGAGGAUACCAUUUGGAGGAUAAUCCAUUAUUUGUCAAACAAACGUAAUAAAUGUUCAGAAUUAUUUACAUUUCUAUUGAAACAGAUUUACGAUGUUGAAGAAAAUAGUGCCCUGAAUUGUGAAGAGUUUUUCGAAGUUGGUAAGCAAUUAAUCUCUGAAAUGGUACCAAGAGAGACACAAAAAGAGGAAGUUCCUGCAUUGAUUUCUAAAGCGAGCAAUAACACUGAAAUUAGUAACCCAAGAAGCAGGCAACGAAGAGAUACCCAACGACAAAAUGUUUCAACAAUGGAGCCGGAACGGUACUGGAAUGAAUUUGAUGAUGGAGAGGACUUUGAGAACAAUACCUUUUACGUCGAUGAAGAGGAUAAUCCAGGAACCGGUAAUUUUCAAGAUAACAAUGACCAAGGCUUUAUUAGAUUUAAUAGAUCGCUCAUAUUAAAUAUGUAUAAUCUUUUUCAAAAUAUUAGGAACAAAUUAGGUAUUCAAGACGACCUUACGCCCGAACCAUUGCUACAGAAUUUAAGAAGAACCAGCUUGUAUACAGAAGGGAGUUCUUUAUUGCAUUCAAAUGUAUCAACGUCAGCUUCCCAAAACGACUUUAACCAACUUUAUGAGUUUAAUAAAUUAGAAAUUGAAGAUUCAACCUCUGUUUAUGAAUAUCGCCAUGAUCAAGUUGUAACAUUAUUUUACUUAUCAGCGUUAGCUGUUUCUGCAACUACUUCAGGUAUUACAUUCGGGAUCAUUUUGGCAUUAUUUACUGGUCAUGCUGACGAGGCAUCUUUAGAAGUUGAAGACAUUCUUGUAAUAAUAAUCAUAAUAUCUCUACUGAUAUCAAUGUUGCUAAACUGUGCAAGCAUUCUUAUUUUAUUUAGCAGAUAUAAACUUGCACCAAUGUGGCAUUAUGCAAUGUCCUUCUCCAUGUUCAUUUUGGUAACAUUCAUAGUUUGUUAUGGAGUUAUUGAAAUAUUAAUGUAA